GGGUAUCAAUUGGUAGAUCAAGGCGAGAUGAUAAUUUUAGUUGAAGAUUUGAAAGAAAAAGGAUAUUCAUGUAAACAAAAUUCAAGAAUUUUAGUUAACAACUUGAGGUUGAAGGAGAGAGGAAGAGAAAGAGACGUGAGAGAGAGAAAGGGGGCAACGUUUGAUUUUUUUUGGUCAGUGAAUGAGAGAGUUUUAAUUUUUUUUUUUUCCAAAAUAAUAGUUGGUCAGGUGACCAACAGGGACCACGUGUAGCUCCGCCACUGUAAGUGCUGAUAAUGGAAUCCAACUCACAUGAUUAAUAAUAUUUUGGGGUUUUAUUAGUAACGGAUAAAUUACCCACCGAGUAGAUGUAGCAAUGUCCAGCUCGAACCUAUAUUGCUUCAUCCGAGACCCGACUCACUAACCGGACAACAAAAACCUUGCACUAGAUCAUUUGGAGCGCCAAAUUCAAACCAUACCAAGUUCCCAACACAAUCACAUGUGGAUAGGCUUCAGUGGGACCACGCAAGCUCAACAACAGGCGCUGCUGGCGCAACAGUGAUUACAACUAAUAUCAGCUUAUCAUCUUCCCGACACUAUUGCUUUUGUUGUCCCAACAACGCGUUUUCCGCUCCUGAAAACGCCACCCUUUUCAAAAACAAACAAAUUAAGCUGUCUUUUGGAAAUUUCAAGGAAAAAUCCUCCUCCUCCAUCACCGCUACUCCAUUUCUCUCACUCAAUCUAUGUACUUUAUUGUCCUUUCAUGGUGCUUUGAUUGCGUCAAAAUAUUAGUCACCCAAUUCACUUAUUACGUCUUUUUCAACUGUUGUGAUUCUCUCUUACUAAAUUCAUUUCACUCACUCAACCAAUUCAACUACUGUGCUGUCGCUUUCUUGAACUAAUAUUCACCCUCAAUCUCAAUUCUUCAAUCGAUCGAAUGGUUCAAUAAAUUGCUUCAAAUUUGAAACCUUCAUAUUUAUAUUCUAAGAAAUCUGAAAACUACCCAGCUCGAAUUUUGCUUGAUUUCUGUUGAAUUUGGUUUCAUUUAUUGAAAAUUAGAUUGUUUUAGGAAUUGGGCUGCUCUUGGAAUUGAUUUUUAUGGUGAUCAUGUGUUUUUUAAAGUCCAAAUUUCAUUUCUGGUUGUUGUUUGCUUUGUGUUUGAUAAAAUGUUCCUUAGAAUUUGACCCAGAUGAUAAUCAUCUCAUAAAUUGUGGAUCACCCACUAAUGCUUCAGUGGGUAAUCGGGUUUUUUUGGGUGAUUCUAGUGUGAAUUCUAGUAUUGUUCUUUCAACUCCUCAUACAAUUUGGGCUAACACAAGCUCAAAUUCAAUCCCAUUUUCAUAUUCUUCAGACCUUUAUAAAACUGCCCAAAUCUUUACUGGUAGCUCCAACUACACCUUUUCUGUAUCCAAACAUGGCCGCCAUUGGGUUCGCCUUCAUUUCUUCCCCUUUGUAUACCAGAACUACAAUCUGAGCCAUGCCCACUUUUCAGUUUCAGCGUUGAAUUUCACCCUUUUGCGGAAUUUCCAAUCACAGGAAGAUAUUCCUGUGAUUAAAGAGUUUUGUCUGAACAUAACAUCAGAUAAAUUUGCUCUCAUUAUCACUCCAUCAUCCAAAUCUUUUGCGUUCCUGAAUGCAUUGGAAGUUGUUUCUGUUCCUGAUGAACUUAUCCCUGAUAGUGUUAAGACUAUUGACCCUCCUGGUUCUAGUGAAAACCUUGUGCACCAAGCCUUAGAGACAGUCUUUAGAGUGAAUAUGGGGAAUGUCACGGUUGACCCUCGAAACGAUACUCUCUCCCGACAGUGGAUACCUGAUGGUUCCUUUCUAAGAUCACACAAUCUGGUUCAGUUUUUGUCGCAGCCGCGAACUGUUAAUUACACAGAAGGUGGGACAACCAAAGAGAUUGCUCCUCCUUCAGUUUAUGGAACUGCCAGUAAGUUGAACUCUGAACUUGAUCCUACAUUGAAUGUUAAUCUCACUUGGUAUUUCGAUGUUGAUCCGGGUUUUAAGUAUCUGGUUCGAUUUCAUUUCUGUGAUAUAAUUAGCAAGUCAUCAGGUCAGCUGAUGUUUAAUGUUUAUAUCAACUCUUGGUAUGCUUAUAAACAUCUUGAUCUUAGUAGGGUAACAUCAAAUAAGCUGGCCUCUCCCUAUUAUCUAGAUGUUUUGAUGAGGGAAAGUCAUAGUAAUAUGCUCUCUGUGAGUGUUGGGACUUCUAGUGAUGCUAGUGUUUACCCCAAUGCCUUGCUCAAUGGGCUAGAGAUUAUUAAACUUAGUAAUUCGAGGGGAUUGUUGGAUGUUGAUCCUGAAUCUUUGAAGUCACGUUCGAAGGUCAAAGCUGGUCUGAUAGCUGGUAUAGCUGUUGGGGUUGUGUUUGUAAUUUUGAUUCUGGCUUCAGCUUUCUUCCUGGUAGUCAGAAGGAGAAAGCGGACACAAUGUGAUGUAUAUGGAAACAAAGUAGAUGGAACCCCCGAAUCUGGUUACCAAUUCUCUCUUGCUGCCAUUCGGAAGGCAACUGAUAACUUUAAUGAAAGCUUGGUCAUUGGAGUGGGAGGGUUUGGAAAGGUGUACAAAGGGGUGUUCGAGGACAAUAGAGAGGUUGCUAUUAAGAGGGGAAAUUCUGAUUCCCAACAGGGCCUUAAUGAAUUCCGGACUGAAAUUGAAAUGCUAUCACACUUCCGUCAUCGCCAUUUGGUGGCUCUCAUUGGGUACUGUGAUGAGCAGAACGAAAUGAUAUUGAUAUACGAGUACAUGGAAAAGGGGACGCUUAAGAGCCACUUAUAUGGCUCAGAUAAUCCUAGCUUGAGCUGGAAACAGAGACUUGAGAUAUGCAUUGGUUCAGCAAGAGGUCUUCAUUAUCUUCAUACAGGUUCUGCGAAGGCCGUCAUCCAUCGCGAUGUGAAGUCAGCAAACAUACUGCUAGAUGAGAACCUCAUGGCUAAAGUUGCAGAUUUUGGUCUAUCAAAAGCUGGUCCUGAUAUAGACAAGACACACGUCACCACUGCAGUGAAAGGAAGUUUCGGGUACCUAGAUCCAGAGUAUCUCAUAAGACAACAGUUAACUGAAAAGUCAGAUGUUUACUCCUUUGGUGUUGUCCUGUUUGAGGUUCUCUGUGGAAGGCCUGUAAUCGACCCAUCACUUCCUCGUGAGAUGGUGAAUUUGGUUGAAUGGGCAACAAAGUUACAAAAGAAAGGAGAAGUGGAGAAAAUUAUUGAUCCAAAUCUUGCUGAUCAAAUAAAAGUAGAGUCUUUGAAUAAGUUUCUAGAGACAGCUGAAAAGUGCUUGGCUGAAUGUGGUUUAGAUCGCCCUACAAUGGGAGAGGUGUUGUGGAAUUUAGAAUAUGCGCUGCAACUUCAGGAAGAUGAAGCCCCGUCAAUUGAAAGUGAUGACGUCUCGUUGCAAAUUGAUGAUGCUCGACCACUACAAACUCUUCCUUCAACCAGGCAAUAUAGCUUGGGAAGUGCAGGAGAUAUUGUUGACAUUUCAAUGAAUACAGUUUUCUCACAAAUGAGAAAUGGAAACUUGAAGUAGUAGUAGUCGUGCUAAUUUUCGCUCCAGUAUUCUUUCAAAUUGCACAGUAAUUUGUUGUUGUACAUAAACAUAUAGGAUUCGGUUUGGUUCAAUUCAUUCUUUAAUGUCUUUUUCAUUAGCUACAAAUUAAGAGUUGAUGCAGGCGAUUUUCUGCACAGAAGCAUUAUUCA